AUGGAAAAUCUCGAUGGGAAAGAGUCGCGCUCCUCUGCAACCGUUGCUGCCAGUACUCGUUCAAAGAGGGUCCCAAGGCGUCAGCAGACGGGCCAAGUCUCCACAGAUGAGCGAGAAAGCUCAGCUUCUGACCUAGACCCUACUGCAACAGUACUUCUUAACAAGGAGAAACAAGAACUGACCUUUCUAAAGGAGAAGUUGGAAUGGCAGAAGAAGAAAAUUGAAGAACUGGAAGAAGAGAGAGAUUUUCUCCGUGGACAUUUGUCUGCCCACACAGUAAAAACAAAGGAAGAAACACUGGACAAUCCAGUCGCUGUGAAUGAUUCUGAAAGCUCUGAUACAUCAUCCAUAUCUUCAUCCUCUUUAUCCUCAUCCUCGUCUUCAACCUCCAAGAAGCGCAAGCACAAAUUCAAAAAGAAACACAGCAAGAAACACAAGAAAGAGCACAAGAAGUUUCGACAGCGUGUACAAACACCAAGUGAAAUUAUACGCCGCUACAAAUCCAUCCUUAAAACAUUACCAAAAGCAAAGACCAUGACCAGGGCCUUCCAGAAGCAUGCCAUUGACAGGAACACUGUGGUGUCCACUUCAGCGAUUGGAGAGCUCGCUAUUGCUGCUCCUGAGGUAUAUGAAGAGUUACUGGCCAAGAAGCCUUGUGGAGAGACAGUGCUGGCCUUUGCUAAGCGGUGUGAGGCUGCUAUUCAAGGAGAUGAAGAUGUGAAAGAGAAAAUGGAAAGCAUGAAGGCUAGGGGUACACUUCUUCCCAUCAGGAGAAGCAAGCCUGUUUAA